AUGAGGAAUACCACAGUGCCCAGUGCUCGCCAGGCCAGCAGUGACUCCCUGGUGGGCCCUUUCUUCCAUAUCACCCUGGUCGGGGUGGUGGUGGCAGUGGUCAUGUAUGUCCAGAAGAGGAAACGGGUGGAUCGGCUUCACCACCACCUGCUCCUGGAUGUGGGAGACUGUAAGGUGAUCCAUGGCUGGCAGAGCGGCUACCAACACAAGCGGACAUCCUUGCUGGAUGGCAAGACCUGA